GUUAGCGACAGCCGGGGACGAAGUCGGCGCUAGGUGAGAAGUAGCGGGACUCGCCCGCCUGGGCCGGGCCGCGCCUCCGUGGCCGUGGGUGUGGCUGUGGGGGUUGGCCCCGCCGUGCGUGUCACUGUCCCGCGUCUGCUCCUGCCGCCUUCCCCGCGCCCGUCACGGCCCUGAAUGUCCGCACAGAGUAAUGUCCCCAGGGGGAAAGUCAGUGUUGAGCCCUAAGAUGAAGGUUCCCAGCAAGUCGGCACAGCGCCGGGCUUGGGCGGGACUUGGGGAGCGUGAAGGGUCCCUGAGACGGCGGGACUGCCGGGGCGGAGUGGGCUGGGAGGCGCUCUGGGGCUGCUCCAGUUUUCGGAACCGCAGCACUCCCGGCGCGCGGAUCUUUGGAAUCUUCUGUGGAUUCAGACUGAUUCUAGCCUCCCUCUGGUUAUACAAGAGAGGUCAGGUAGAUGCGACCCUGGCGGGGAUGUCUCUGCUUUGAGAAAGGUGUGGUGUCUCUCGUUCCUUCCUCCCCAGUCCUGCCACUUCCCGAAAUAUCCUUCAAGGAGGGCCAUCUCGCCUUAACGUCUCAGCUGUUGACCGUCUGAAAGACCAGACCAGAUGUCCUUGGCAUUCAGAGACGUGGCCAUAGACCUCUCCCAGGAGGAGUGGGAGUGCCUGGACCCCGUGCAGAGAGCCCUGUACAGAGAUGUGAUGUUGGAGAACUACAGCAACCUGGUCUCACUGGGAUGUUCCAUCCCUAAGCCAGAGGUGAUUACUUUACUGGAGCAAGAGAAAGCGCCCUGGACGGUAAGGAGAGAGGGGACAAGGAACAGGUGCACAGGUUUGGAAUCUAAAUCCGACCCCAAGAAGUUAUUUCCGGGAAAGGAUAUUUGUGAAAUCUAUUUAUCUCAGUUGCAGACUACGGGGAACAGUAAAACUGACAUCCAUGAGCUCACUACUUGCAGAAAUGAUUCGCGGCGCAAACAUGAACUUGAGAAAGGAGGAGGCCGUCGGCUGGGAGGCACUAGCCCCGCCUUAAUCCAAGGACACCUACCUGCUCCUCCGCAUCAGGAAACCCCCACGGGCCAGAAGUCGUAUGAAUGCAAGGAAUGCAGGAAAGCUUUCAGACAGCAGUCAUACCUCAUACAACAUAUGAGGAUCCACACUGGUGAGAGACCCUAUGUAUGUAAGGAGUGUGGGAAGGCCUUCUGUCGUGUGGGAGACCUUAGAGUCCACCGGACGAUUCAUGCCGGGGCGAGACCCUAUGAAUGUGGCGACUGCGGGAAGACCUUCAGGCUCCAUUACCACCUCACCGAGCACCAGAGAAUUCACACCGGCGAGAGGCCUUAUGAAUGUAAGAUUUGCGGAAAGACCUUUCGGGUGCAGCGACACAUUAGUCAGCAUCAGAAAAUCCAUACAGGUGUAAAACCCUAUAAAUGCAGUGAGUGUGGAAAGGCCUUCAGUCACGGCUCAUACCUUGUUCAGCAUAAGAAAAUCCAUACAGGCGAGAAACCCUAUGAGUGUAAAGAGUGCGGGAAGGCCUUCCGCUUUCAGACAGAACUUACCCAGCAUCACAGAUUUCACACUGGCGAAAAGCCCUAUAAAUGUCAGGAGUGUGGGAAGGCGUUUAUCCGUAGCAACCACCUCACGCAGCAUCAGAGGAUCCACACAGGUGAGAGGCCCUAUGAGUGUAAGGAGUGCGGGAAGGCCUUCAGCCGGCAUUAUCAUCUCACCCAGCACCACAGAACCCAUACUGGGGAGAAGCCCUACACGUGUAGUCAGUGUGGGAAUGCGUUCAUUUGUAGCUACCAGCUUACCUUACAUCAGAGAACUCACACCGGUGAGAUCCCGUAUGAGUGUAAGGAGUGCGGGAAGGCCUUCAGCCGGCGGUACCACCUCACCCAACAUUUUAGACUUCACACGGGUGAGAAACCUUAUGGAUGUAAAGAAUGUGGGAAGGCCUUUCGUCUUCAAGCUGAACUUUCUCGCCAUCACACAGUACACACAGGUGAGAAGCCCUACAAAUGUAACGAAUGCGGGAAGGCCUUCAGCGUUAACGCAGAACUUACCCGCCAUCACAGAAUUCACACUGGUGAAAAACCCCACAAGUGCAAAAAAUGUGGGAAAACCUUUAAUCGUAGGGAUCAACUAACUUUACAUCAGAAAAGCCACCUCAGUGAGGAGCCCUGUGCGUGUCAAGAGGCCUUAGAGUAAAGGCCUUUCAUACCAGCAGAGAACUCGCAAGUGUGGGAAUCUGCUUUGCUUCACAUGUGGUUUGCUCAGAAUGUAACAGAAAUAGUGUCUGUCCACAUGCAGGGCUGAGACUGCCACCUCUCCAGUGCUGGCUACACUUUGGCAGCCUGAGAGGGCUGCGGUGCACCUCAAAAGAGGAAGGGCCUGCCUCCCCAAAGCACUGUUGUCCAGGAUUUCAUAAAAAGAAACACAACUGGGUGGCCAGAAUAUUAAGGGGAAAGGAAAACGCUUGCAGAAUCAAGGUCCCUCUUCUCAUUACUGACUCUCAGACAUAAAUAAGCCUCAUCAAACUGCAGUCAAGUUCUCUAAGUGCCAGCUCUGGGGGUUGGCACUGAGGCAGCAGACAGGCUGGGGCUGGCUGUGCCCGGGCCCUAGGCUCUAUUAGAAGGAUGCUCACACAGUAUGGGGGAGACUUCAGCCCUGGGGGUGUCUGCUGCUGUUUUCAUGAGCCCACCCAGGCCUGUGUGGUAUUUGGCAAAACUCUACUUCCCCUUUGUGCCUCAGUUUUAAAACAGUGGUCGUAGUACCUACUUGAUUGUGUUCUUGUGUGAAUGAAAUAAUAAAAACCAC